UGUAAACUUUCAUGUAGGUUUUACUUGGUUCUUUUAAAAUGGCGGUUAACGCAGCGCAUGUUAAACAAGUUUUUGUCCAUCCUGUUGCUCUUUUUGCAAUUGUUGACAGUUAUGAACGAAGAAGCGAAGAUGCAAAAAGAGUUGUUGGUACGCUUUUGGGUACUAUUUCAAACAACUUUGUUGAAAUAAAAAAUUGCUUUACCGUCCCUCAUGUAGAAACUCAAGUUGAAGUUGCAUUUGAUAAAGAGUAUGCAAGUUCAAUGAGAGAACUAUAUAAAUGCGCUUCACCUUCUGAAGAAGUAGUUGGCUGGUUUGCCACAAGUAAUGAAGUAACUGGCCAUUCAACAUUAAUUCAUGAGUACUAUGCAAUUGAAUGUGAUAACCCAAUCCAUCUUACAGUUGAUACUCAACUUAAAACUGGAAGAAUGUCUGUAAAAGCAUACACAAGUUCUCCCAUUGGUGUGCCUGGUGGCACUAUGGGUACUAUUUUUACACCCAUUCCAUGUCAAUAUAAAUUUUAUGAGACUGAGCUUGUUGCUGUAAAAACAUUUGCAAAGAACAAAGGUGGUUCAAAGAAACCUCUUUCCUUGCUGAACAGUGUUGGACACAUUUCAAAAUCAGCAGAUGUUUUGCUUGAGCGUUUAAAAGAUGUGCUUGGAUACGUUAACGAUGUUCUUAAUGGUUUGAAACCUGCAAACAAUGAGAUUGGUCAAAAGUUGAUGACAGUUGUCGGCUCUGUCCCUCAAAUGGAUCCUCUACAGCUAGAAAAAAUGAUGAACAAUAAUAUGCAGGAUUUACUCAUGGUACUAUAUCUUGCAAGUUUGACAAAGUCACAGCUGGCUGUAGCUACCAAAUUGAAUAGUAUCUUGUAGAUAGUUAUGUGAUAUAUAUAUAUAUAUAUAUAUAUAUCCAUAUUUAUGAGCAUGCUUUGUUGCUAUUGCUUAUUUUACCUCCACAUGACAGUCUGAAAGCUCCUUUGAUAUAUUAAAAGUUACCAAAAGUUGAUAAUAUGAA